AUGACAUCGGGAUUACAGGAUCCGGGAAAACGUCCAUUCAUCAUGAAUCGUCUUCCUGUUUCUAGUUUGAUGUCUCCUCCAGAGAUGAAGCCACUGGAGGGCUUCCAAUCGUCCCCAUUAAUCCAGAGAGACUCUACUUCACUGGAUAUCAAACUGCCUCCUAUCUCAGCUGAUCGCAAGCGAACCCAGUCUGAGAUGGACUUGCCAUCGCCCCCUGUUACCCCGUAUACGGGUACCAAGAAGCAACCAUCUCACACCGCAGAGCAGAUUGACCGUGAUGUGACUUCAUCUCGGGAUCCAGUCUUAUUUCCUCGCCAUGACUCUGUUGCUGCUGCUUCGGAGGAGCCCCUCUUCGGUCCCAUUCCCCCUCCUGCUGCAGAGGCUUUGGUCGAGCAGCACAUCAAGUCACAUAUGGCUAGGUUUGACAAUAAACGCAACAAGCCUACCCGUGAUGAGUAUAUGCUGGCGCUAUCAUGUGUGCCUAUCGUUUCCACCCAGUAUAACCGCAAUCCGGUCGCUUGGGCCCGAGAGGAGCGGCAAACACUAGAGCGCCAGCUGCUCUUGAUGCAUCGCUACCGACCGAGCCAUGUGGAUACCAAAUUGAAGAAGAUCGCCCCCGCCCCUUUGAAGAAAGCUGGAGUGGUAUCCCCGCGCGUCCAGCGCACCCGAGUCAAGAGAACCCCUAAAUCUACCCCAAAGCAUCAGACCUUGGAUAACUUUGAUUCUUCCCCUUCGGCCUCAAAACCUCGUACCCUAGGUACCAACCGUGAUGACACCGAUUUCCAUGCCCUUCAAGAUUACUCACCUUCGCUGGAGACGUUGGGCAACAACGUCAAGGCAUUAAAGGCAGACUGGAAAGGGCAGAUGUUGGAUUUGAGCGAUGACCCAGACCGGAGUCUUCUUAGUCUUGCUGAGGUUCAUCUUGCUUCAACCCUCAGACUUUCUUGUGCAACAUACCUGUGCAGUAAGCGUCGUAUCUUCGAGGCUCGCCUGCGCGCCCUGGUCGUCGGCAAAGAGUUUCGCAAGACCGAUGCCCAACAGGCAUGCAAGAUCGAUGUCAACAAAGCUAGCAAGUUAUGGACCGCCUACGACCGUGUCGGUUGGUUUAAACCCGAGCAUUUUCAACAGUAUUUGAACUGA